GCGCUUCAUCUAGAAACAUCAGCCGCGUCUCAACAUGGCGAAAAACAGCACAGGCUAAUAACGGCUAGCGUUUCUCCCCCUCUCACCUUUCGUUUAAGCCCGAGGAAUAGUAUGCAGCAGCCUUUGAAAAUACCACAGAAAGAGUUUAAAUAAUGGAAACGCGGGGGAUUGAGCAGAUGUUCGACUUCCAGCGGUUACCAAAUGAUCGCUUCAUCCUGCUGCUGCUGUUGCUGUACGCCCCUGUCGGCUUCUGUUUGAUGCUACUGCGAAUAUUUAUUGGUGUCCAUGUGUUUCUAGUGAGCUGUGCAUUACCUGAUAGUAUUGUCAGAAGGUUUAUAGUGAGAAUAAUGUGUUCAGUGCUGGGUCUGCAUGUUCAGCAGAACAGCCCACGCUUAAGGGACAAAACUGCCCGACUUUACAUCUGCAAUCACGUUACACAUUUCGACCACAAUAUUAUCAACCUCCUGACCUCCUGUAACACGCCACUGCUGGAGGGCCCUGUGGGGUUCCUGUGCUGGGCAAGGGGUUUUAUGGAGCUGGGUCAGGGUGUAGGGAGCAGGACGGAGCUAACGGAGACCCUCCACAGGUAUUGCUCCUCUCCUGACACUUUACCCCUCCUGCUCUUCCCAGAGGAGGACACUACCAACGGCCGGACCGGCCUCCUCAAGUUCAGCUCUUGGCCUUUCUCUGUGUCUGACUCUAUCCAGCCUGUGGCACUGCUGGUGAAGAGGCCUUUCAUCGCUGUGAGUACACCAGAAUCUUCAUGGCUGAGGGAGCUGCUGUGGACCUUUUUUGUACCGUUCACAGUGUACCAUGUAAGAUGGCUUCCACCAUUGUCUAAAGAAGAUGGUGAAACACAUCAAGAAUUUGCCAGCAAAGUCCAAGGGCUUCUGGCCACCGAGCUGGGUGUGAUCUCAACGCAGAUCACCAAAGCAGACAAAGCCGAACACAUCAAAAGAAAAAGACACAGCGCCUCUCAGACUGCACAUUCAAGUAAGAACGGAUUCAAUGAUUUGGGUGCCAGACCUCGCACAGUGGCACAGGGUUUCCUGGGCACAAGUGUCGAAGACUCACGGAUAGCACGUUUGGUGCAGCAGGUGAAAGAAGUGCUGCCGGACGUCCCAGUAUCGGUCAUCACCAGAGACUUGCUACAGACCAACUGUGUGGACACAACCAUAACCAACCUGCUGGAGCGAACUGACCAGUUCAACUCAGAAGCUGCUGCGGCAAUGCCUUCGGGUCCAGGGAAAGCAGCAGCUUCCUCCACACCAUCUGCAAUGGUCUCCUCACCUAAUUUAAAGCCAGCUGCCAAAUCGUUCGGGAGAUCACCCAUAGACAGACACAUGUCUCUACAGGAGAGAAAAGAAGCCUUAUAUGAAUAUGCAAGAAGACGGUACAUUGAAAAACAUGGACUGAACAAAGAGGACGAUCUAUGACCAUGGACAAAGACACACCUGAUGAAUUGUUUAGGAAAGACAGCUGCUUUACGCAAAAUCCACGCAGACAAAAUGAUCGAGUUGACCCAGAAUGAUACAACCAUUGUGUUCACCACACAUGCAGAGAGAAGACUGGAUUGUUUCCUUUCUCGUUUUUUUUGUUUUGUUUUGUUUCUUUGUUAAUCUUCUUGCAUGGCAAUCAUGCAUGUCUUUUUAUGAUUUCUCUCUGCAACAGAAAACAAUUAUUUUGGUAAACAAUUUGUAUUAGGACCCAGUGACCUUGGCACUCUUCAUAUUAUUUUUAUAAGGUCUUUGGGUAGAGAAUAAGAGCUCGGAGAGGUGGCAGUGCGAUAUCUUGAGGUUUAUUAUGUUGUUAAGGAUACGUGUUGAUGCAAUAUCAGCUUUUAAAGACAUUAAAGAACAUAGAAAUGCUGAA